AGCGGCCAUCUGUUGGGCGCGGAGAGGAGAGGUGGCUGCUGCUGCUGCUGAGCCUGACCGUGGCCGGAGAGAGUGCGGGCAUCCGCUACAGGACGGGCUUGGCAGUUGUCGUGCAUUGUUUAUCUCUCGCGCCUGUUACAAAAUGAAGACGCUGAUUCUAGCGACCUUAAUUAUUCUGGUGGCCGCUGACCCCGUCGUGUAUUUUAGGGAACAAUUUGAAGACGGAGAUGCCUGGAAAAGCCGAUGGGUUGAAUCGAAGCAUAAAUCGGACUAUGGAAAAUUCAUCUUGUCUUCAGGGAAAUUCUAUGGUGAUAUCGAAAAAGAUAAGGGUCUCCAGACCAGUCAAGAUGCUCGAUUCUAUUCUGUUUCAUCAAGAUUUGACACCUUUAGCAAUGAAGGCCAGACUAUAGUGAUACAGUUUACUGUAAAGCAUGAGCAGAGCAUAGACUGCGGUGGAGGAUAUAUAAAGCUGUUCCCCAGCAAUCUUAACCAAGAGGACAUGCACGGUGACUCAGAAUACAACAUCAUGUUUGGCCCAGAUAUUUGUGGUCCAGGAACUAAAAAAGUUCAUGUUAUCUUUAACUACAAAGGAAAGAAUCAUUUGAUUAACAAGGACAUCCGAUGCAAGGAUGAUGAGUUCACUCACUUGUACACUCUAAUUGUCCGUCCUGACAAUACCUAUGAGGUAAAGAUUGAUAACAAGAAGGUUGAGUCUGGCAGCCUAGAGGAAGACUGGGACUUUCUGCCACCAAAGAAGAUCAAAGAUCCUGAGGCUAAGAAACCAGAUGACUGGGAUGAGAAAGAGAAGAUUGAUGAUCCAGAAGAUAAAAAGCCAGAGGACUGGGACAAACCAGAACACAUUCCUGAUCCAGAUGCCAAGAAGCCUGAUGACUGGGAUGAUGAGAUGGAUGGUGAAUGGGAACCUCCAAUGAUAUCGAAUCCAGAUUACAAGGGUGAAUGGAAACCUCGGCAGAUCGACAAUCCCAACUACAAGGGAAAGUGGAUCCACCCUGAAAUAGACAACCCAGAGUACACUGCUGAUGUCGCCAUUUACAAAUAUGAUAGCAUUGGUGUAAUUGGGCUUGAUUUAUGGCAGGUGAAAUCUGGAACCAUUUUUGAUAACUUCUUAAUAACCAAUGAUGAAAAGUUUGCUGAGGAAGUUGGUAACGAAACAUGGGGUGCCACAAAGGAUCCAGAGAAAAAAAUGAAAGAUAUGCAGGAAGAAGAAGAGAGGAAGAAGCGUGAUGAGGAGGAAAAGAAAAUGAAAGAGGAAACUAAAGAUGAGGAGGAGGAGGAUGAGGAAGAGGAGGAAGAAGCAAAAGCACCUGAAGAUGAAGAAGAGCAAGAAGAGGAGGAAGGGGAGGAGGAAACGGACUCAAAUGUGAAGGAUGAACUGUAAUUCUGUAGAAUGUGGGAGAGACACCCUUCCUAUUAUGAGUCCUUAUUUGGUGCACUGAGUGAACGUUUUUACAUUUCCAAAAAUGGAAGCUAACUAGGUUUUGGGUUUUGUUGUACCUGGGCAUUACAAAACAGAGCCAAAAAAAAAAAAAAAACCUCCCAGUUUGGUGGUACUUUGUUUUAUUUUGUUGAGUGCAAUAGCACAGACUGGUUGACUGCUCUGAAGAUCUUUGUAGGUAGUCGUACUGAAAAUGUGAUGCCCUUCCCUCACUCAUUGGCUCCCUCUAAGUUAACUAGGUCAGCAUAGCUGUUUGUGCCCUCCUGAAGAGACUGGCUCAGUAACUUGAACCCGAGACCUGCUAUCAAUGGCUGUAGUGCUUCUGAUUUUCCUCAAUGCCAUUCUGUGGUUUGCACUACCCUGUACAGCCUUUCUUAAAUGCUAGUAUAAAAUAAUUAUAUGUCUCGACUGAGACGCAUCUCACGCCUUUUCAAAUAGGAUGAAUGCUGGUUUUCCAGUUGAAUUUGUCUGGGUGGGUCAGGUGGGCCCAGCUUGAUUCCUUGGAGAAUGGAGGAUUUAGGAAUGGGAGCCAACCAAUUGAGCAGUAAGCUGUGCUGAGAGUGGUAGGAGGAGGACUGAAGACCAAGUGGGCUCUCGAUCCUCCUUUCUCUCUGCCAGUCUGUUAGACCCCGCUGCUCUGCUGACCUUGUGGGAAUUUCUCUUGUUAAUUUUGCAUUGUUUACAGCUUAUUUUAUUCAGGUGUCCUUUCCUGCAGAGAUUGGAAAGGGGCCACCAGAAAGAGGCACAUAGUAGGCCACGAAGGGUGACGACUGCGCUUUUGUAAAAAUGGAAUGAAUGUUAGGAAGUCCGUCAUGUUUUAGAAUGUCCAUCUGAAAUUAAUUUCCAUGUGAAUUUGCACUGCUGUACAUUUUAAAACUGUCCGUAAUACUUGUCAGUUAGAUCCAAGGGGAGGUUUGUGGUUUUUUUCUUUCUGUUUUUUAAUUUUAUUUUUUUAAAUAUAUAUAUAUAUAUAUAUUUUGUACAAUGUGGGGAGUGGGAGGGCUGUACCUUUCAAACUGUCGUUCACAAAUGGUACAUAAAAAGUAAAUGUACAGUAAUAAAUAGUAUGAACAGUCUGA